AUGGCUAAAAAAGACAAUCAAAAUAGUAAGAAAGCUGAGAAACCUCAGACAAUUACAAAAGAUGAAAGAUUCAAAUCAGUACAUAAUGAUCCAAGAUUCAAACUUCCAAAUUUAAAUAAAUUAAAAGUUAAAGUUGAUCAAAGAUUUAGUAAACAUGAAUUAAAAAAAUUGAGUGGUAAAAUAACUGACAAAAAUGCUAAAAUCGAUAAAUAUGGAAGAAAAAUCAAAUCAACAGACAACAAUUUGGACAAGUUUUAUGAAUAUGAAGAUGAAGAAAAAGAAGAAGAAGAGAACAAAAGUGAAAGUGAAGAUGAAGAAGAAGAAGAAGAUGAUGAUGAAGAAGAUGAUCAAGAAGAUGAUGAAGUUGAAAAAUUAGCAGCAAAAGUUAGAGCAGAAGAAGAGCUGACAUUAGAUAAAGCAAGAGGUGAAGGUCUUAGCUCAUCAUCAAGUGAAGAAGAAUCUUCAUCAGAAGAAUCAGAAUCCGAAGAUGAAGUUGAACUAGAUGAAGAAUCAGAAAUUGAAUUAGAAGAAGAAAAACCUGAAGAAUCAAAUCCUACAAAUGGUUUUGCUGUUGUUAAUAUGGAUUGGGAUAAUAUAAAAGCAGUUGAUUUAAUGGCUACAUUCAUAUCAUUUGUUCCAAAAGGUGGUGAAAUACGAUCUAUUACUAUAUAUCCUUCUGAAUUUGGUAAAGAAAGAAUGCAAAGAGAAGAAAUAGAAGGUCCACCGAAAGAAUUAUUUAAAUCAAAGAAAUCUAAAAAAGAUGAUGAUAGUGAUUCAGAUUCAGAUUUAGAUUCAGAUAUAGAUAUUAAUGAUACUGAGAAUUUACAAAAAAUUACUAAAAAAUUGUAUCAAGAAGAUGAUGGACGAGAAGAUUAUGAUAGUAAAGCAUUAAGACGUUAUCAAUUACAAAGGUUGAGAUAUUAUUAUGCAGUUGUCAAAUGUGAUUCCGUAAACACUGCUAGAAAUAUUUAUCAAAAUUGUGACGGUACUGAAUAUGAAUCAACUGCAAAUAUAUUUGAUUUAAGAUAUGUACCUGAAGAUAUGGAAUUUGAUGAUGAUGAAGCAAAAGAUAAAUGUACAAAAAUACCAUCAAGUUAUAGACCAGAUUCAACAUUUGUAACUGAUGCUUUACAACAUUCAAAAGUGAAAUUAACAUGGGAUGAAACCCCAAAAGAAAGAUUAACAUUAUCAUCAAGACCUUUAAGUCAAAAAGAAAUUGAAGAAAAUGAUUUUAAAGCUUAUUUGGCUAGUGACAAUGAAGAAAGUGAAAAUGAACUGAAUUUAAAAGACAAAUAUCAAGGAUUAUUAGGUAAUACAUUUAAAAAAUUUGGUAAAGAAGAUCAAGGAGAAGAUGAUGUUGAUAUGGAAAUUACUUUUGACCCUGGAUUAAAAGAUGAAAAAGAUGAUGAUCAAAAAAAUAACGAUCAAGAAGAAUCUACAAUUGAUGCAUAUAGAAGAAAAGAAAAAGAACGUCGUCAAAGAAGAAUGGCUAAAUUUAAAGAAGCAAAGAAAUUGGAAAAGAACGAUAAUGAAGAAAAUGAGGAAAAACCUAAUAAGCUGAAGAAAUCUAAGAACAAUAAAUUUAAAGCUAAAGAUACUGAUGAAAAAGCAAAAGCAGAACUCGAGUUAUUAAUGAUGGAUCAAAAUGAUAAUAAUAAAGAACAUUUCACCAUGAAAGAGGUUCUUAAAUCAGAGAAAAACAAAAAGAAGAAAAAGAAUAAACAAAAAGAUAUUGAAACUAACAAAACCCAAGAUAAUUUUGAAAUUAAUUUGAAUGAUCCUAGAUUUGAAGAUGUUUUCGAAAGUCAUGAUUAUGCAAUUGAUCCAUCUAAUAGUGAAUUUAAAAAGACCGAAACAAUGAAGAAGAUAUUGAAUGAACGUACAAACAGAUCCAAAAAAGACCAAAACAAAUCCAAUAAUGUGUCUAAAAAACGGAAGAAUGAAAUAUCACCAUCAAAAGAUGAUAUUCAUAAUUUGGCCUCUAAGUUGAAAAAGAAACACAAGUCAAAAUAG